CAACCCGCCAACCCCACCAUUUUCUCUAUCCAAUGUCUGCUACUACCUGAGGAAAUUUCCUUUUUUUUCAUCCAUUUUUUCCUUACUGGUUUUUGUUUGAUGAACAGAGAAGAACAAAGGAAAGAACCCAUCUUUGGAAGAAAAGGAAAAAAAGAGUUUUUUUAUUUGUUGCACUUUAGAAAAAUAUGAUGGGUUCUUCUUCAAAGGGGGGAGGAAACAACUAUGAUUAUUCAUUUAAGAUACUGUUGAUUGGUGAUUCUGGAGUUGGUAAAAGUAGUUUGCUUGUUACUUUCAUCUCAAACUUUGUUCAUGAUCUUUCUCCCACCAUUGGGGUGGAUUUCAAAAUCAAGAUGGUCACAAUUGGUGGGAAAAGAUUGAAGCUUACAAUCUGGGACACAGAAGUUGCAGCUGGCCAGGAGAGAUUUGGAACAUUAACUAGCUCUUACUAUAGGGGUGCACACGGGAUUAUCCUUGUAUACGACGUUACACGGCGCGAAACCUUCACCAACUUGUCUGAAAUUUGGGCGAAGGAAGUUGAGCUCUACUCCACUAAUCCCGAGUGUAUCAAGAUUCUGGUUGGCAAUAAAGUUGACAGGGACAGUGAAAGGGCCGUAACUCGAGAAGAGGGUAUGGCUCUCGCGCAGCAACGUAAGUGUUCUUUUCUCGAAUGCAGUGCUAAAACCAGAGCAAAUGUACAUCAAUGCUUCAAAGAUCUCAUUUUAAAGAUUCUGGAGGUACCUUCUUUAUUGGAGAAAGGGUCGACGGCGGUCAAGAAACACAUUUUGCAGCAGAAACAAGCACAGAAAGCACCCGACAACAAUGACUGCUGCUCUCAAUGAAAAAUCUGACGACGCUCGACGUAUAACGAAUACGGAAUAAUGGUACACUAGGUGAUGAAGUUUCACAAUAGUUGAAGAGGGUUAAAAGUGAUAGACAGAAGGUGGUAGGGAGUCGAUUGUCAUUCCAUCAUUUGUAAUUUUCGAAACAUGGGGAG